AAAACAUGAGUACUCUUGUUGCUAAUCCAUAUCCCUCCGCGUUCUCUUCCCCCGCAGCGCUCGCACUGUCCGCUGUCGCUCUGGAUUCCCGGAUGGAACUGUCAUGGCGGCUGUUAGUGACCUGCAAAGCGAAAAAGAAAAGGAAGGUUAAUUAUGGAAUGGAGCAGAACAACAUCAUCAGAAGAUGAAGACCAUGUAUUGAUUUGUCUGACUCAAGGAACAAAUGAUGUUGAGGGGCCUGAGGUGAAUUUAAGUAUGCAUCCAGUUUUGCGAUCACUUGCUACAGAUCAAGCUGAGCGGUCUAUUGUAUCCCAGACAGCAAGGAAAUCAUUUAAGAACCUAUAUAAUAACGAGAGCAUGGAUAUUAGUGAAAUACAGCCAGUGCAUCCAAGAACCCCAGAAAAAGCAGUACUUUCUGCAAAAGUACUCCAGUUCAGAUGUAGUGAAUGUGAAGGGAAUACUUUGUUCAGUCCAAAUGACUUAAUGAAGCAUUAUAAAUCAAACCAUUAUGGAUUUCUGCCUAUAUAUCCAUGCAAUUUGUGCAGCUUCUCAGCUAAUGAUUUCCAGAUUCUUCAACAGCAUCGGCUGAUUCACCGCAACACACUAGUAAAGUGUGAUGUUUGCAAAGAUGAUGUUCAGUAUACUCUUCUUCAGUUAACAAGACAUUUUACUAUGAGACACUGUGUAAAUGGAUAUUUCCGUUGUGAAAAGUGCAAGUUUUCUACAAAGGAUGUAGGAACAUUUGUACAGCACAUACACCGCCAUAAUGAAAUCCAGUAUAGAUGUGGGAAAUGUCAACAUGUAAGCUAUACAAAAGGUGAAUUUCAGAAGCACCUACUGGUUCAUACUGGAUCUUUUCCAUUUAAUUGUCAGUUUUGCGAUUAUGGGGCAACACGUAAAGAUUAUGUUAUAAAGCACAUAUAUUCUUUGCACAGUGAUCAGUUUGAGCAAUCGCCUAAUUAUCUUCAAAAAGAGGAUGUUGCUAAAUGUGCACUAAAUAACUCAGCGGGCCUGAAAUUUAUGUUGAAGAGAAGUUCGACUGUACCAUUGAAUGAGGUACUGUGGCAGACCAAAGAUCCUCAGGAUAUAUCUGGAAAUGAUGUGGCUGGAGAGUGCGAAAGGUUAAAUAUACCUAAAAUCACUGCACGUGAAACUCCUCCUUUUUUGGGUAGAACUGCAAAUAAUGAAAAAGGAAGGACUGCAUCCUCCUGUAUAGUAAAGAAUGAACCACCAAAUGCUUCAGACUGUGUUCUCUCUCAAAUUACAAUGGAAAGCACUCAGAAUCAUAAUUCUGGCUUACUAAAGUCUAACAUCAAUGGAUCAUCUGUAUUGUAUUUGAAAAACAAAAUAUCAGUUCCUCCUAAUUGUACCACUAAGUUCAUGGGAUUCAAGAUGGUUGGUGGGAAAAAACAUCUAGUGCUAAAAGUAGUUCCUGUAGCCAAGGCAGAACAUUCAACACCCUCACUACAGUCUUCCAUUUCAGGUGAAUCUGAAAGUGAUUUACUAAAUAGAACACAUGAGGAUACAGUUGGAGUUAUGACUAAAGGGGUUCCACAGGAGCAAAGCAGUCAGCAGCUGAGAAGAAACUUUUCAUUGGGCAAGAUUCAUAGAGUUCGUGGUGACCUGAAUCCAGAUACAGUAAAAGAACCAAGUACUAUGUUCCACAAAAUCAAGAGUGAACCCUAUACUCCGGCAGUAUCAUUAACAGAGUCUGCUCCUAUGAUUAGCCAUACAGUUACAGAAUUGACAGAUAUGACCACUCAUUCAUCAGGUGCUUCACAGUUUCAUAAAAUCAUGGUGAAGCAAGAAAAAAACGAUUUACAUGUGUUUCCUGAUGUUUGGCAGCAGUCUGGAAAUGUUUCAAUAACUGUUGAAAACAUGGAUGAAGAUUCAUGUUUACCGAACCCAGAAAGCAGGCAAGUAUUUAGCUUUCAUAAUUACUCCAAGGAUACAGCACUUAACCGCGGUCUAUCACUGCAUCCAGAAUCCCUGUUUGGCAUGACAGAAUGUAAUGAAAUACAGAACCCUUGUAGCAUUCUGGUAUCUGAAACCAUACAUGCAAGAGGUACAAGCCCAGGACGGUCAGCUGUCUGCUCUGACUUGCAUGUCAAAAAGUAUAGUCAACAUUUCUCAGGCCACAAACAUCCUGAAGCUUAUGAGGUGUCAGAGAAUGAAGAAGUAGAAGAAAUUAAUCAUGUAGCAUCACAAUUAAAUUCUGGACAGUAUGCUGAACCUUCAGAUGAAAUGUGUUCUCAUGAUAAUUCCCCCUUAAUGCCCAAAAUUACAUCUGUAUUUUCAUUAAAAAAUGAAUGCGACUCUGAAGGUUCAGAUUUGGAUGUCAGCCAAAUAGUAGAGAGGGUUAUUGAAAAGGAAAGGAAGAAAUCAUUAAUGCCUGAAGUUAACAAGAAGGGUUGUAUGUAUUCUGGGACAAGGAAAGGCUCUCCUGCAACAUCUGCUUCAUUGGACCAAAUACUGGGAAAGCAUUCUAAUGCAAUAAUACAUCAACAGUUGGAAAAGGAACACGGGAGACCUAGUGGAUCUGUCGAACUGAUUCAGUCAUUGAAUUUGCCUGAAAGCAAACACAUUUUACUUCAUCCUUCUUCAAAUGGGUCAAGUAUUCCCUUUCAGUUUGGAAACCGCUCAGGAUUCAAGUUAAUUCGCGGAACCUCACUUUCUCAAAUAAAUGAAAGUGAAAAACCCGAGAGCGCCCCUGGAUUAAAGUUUGCAGUCAAUAAUGGAAGAUUACAGGCUUUUUCUUCAGUCAAAAGCGAAAAUAAGUCUGAUUCUGUAAGUGGUGUCACACUUCAAGGUGCUGGGAAAAGGAUGUUUCCUUCGAGACUGCAAAAAAGUUCUGGCACAGGACACAUUUUGCUGAAUGGUAAACCACUUAAAGGUUCACUUGUCGUUUCUAAGUCGGUACCAUCACUUUGCACUGAAACAGCUUCAAAAGUGCCAACAUGUUUCCUUGUGAAGCCACAGGUGUCCACAGGAACAGCUGCAGUAGUGAAGGGUUGUUCAUCCAACAAACAACAAGCAUUUUUGUUAAAGUGUUUAACUCCCAUUAAAUCAAAUUUACUCCUAAACAGUCAAGCUACAGGACUGAUGAUCAAUCGGGAACCCUCUACACAAGAAAGUGGGAGCAAUGCACAGAAAGUUUUGUUGAAAAUUGUUAGAAGCACCGCUAAACCUAACUCUGUCUGUGGUAGAGGAGAGCCAUUGAGGAGAGGAGCAUCAGUGCUGACUGCUGACAUGUCACAUGCUGUUCUUCAAACUGUAACACAAGCAAACAGGUCAAUAGUUAUGGCAGCAGAUACUUUAGCAGCUUCUAGUAUGCUGAUGUCUCAAAACCAAAGUUCAACUGAACAUCUCCCUCCAAACAGCAGGGCUUCUAAGCGUUUGGCGUGUACUGUAGAUGUCCCACUUAAAUAUUCUCUACGUGCAAAUGCACAGAACAAAGAGAAAGAUAUACCUGCAAUAAUGAACUCAGUAAAUAAACGUUCAGAUAGUCAAAGACUUGAUUCUUCUUCACUAUUGACUGCCAGGAGGAAGAGGCAAAAGAGGCUUGUAACUGCAGAGAAUAUUCAGGAGCACCCAAAGACAAAAAAAAUAUUAAACAAAAAUGUGAAUGAAAGUGAUGAGGUUCUUAGUCACGAAGUCGGUCAGACAUUGGCACCAAAGGACGUUGUCAGGACACUGAGGCUUGUGCCUUUUAAUCGAACACAGGUAAUAAAGUGCCCUCGACGAAAUCAGCCAGUGGUAGUGCUCAAUCAUCCCGAUGCAGAUCCUCCUGAAAUUGUUAAUGUUAUGAAGACAGUAAGCAAGUUUAAAGGCCAUGUUUUAAAAGUGGCUUUGUCACAAAGAACAAUAGCAGCACUUUCUGAGGCAGAGCGUAACUUUUCCCUCAGCUUAACUUCUCAGGAUUACCAGACAAUUCGAGGGCACAAGAUUAAGGCAAUAAGCCCCGUGAAAGAGAGGUUUGUUUUGAAACUGAAACUGAAGAAGACUAGCAGGAAUAAAUACAAGGUUGUGAACUCUACCUCUGUCAGUAAUGUCACAUCUACAUUCAGCUGCUGGUUUUGUGGUCGACUCUUUGACAACCAGGAGCAGUGGAUAGGACAUGGCCAGCGACAUCUCAUGGAAGCAACAAGAGACUGGAACCUGUUACUCUAAGUCUGUAGGCAUAAGAGCAUUACAAGGUGGCUGAGUAACUGAUGCCGACAGUUUGGUUGCUGAUUUGUAGUCCCUUUAGCAUUCCAGAAGCCAUUAUUAGUGGAGGUUUGUGAACUUGAGAAGCUCAGGCGAUGAACAGCAGCAAAUGAUUUUGUAAUCACUUAACUCCAUUCAGUAGGUUGAAUGACACAGUGAACACGCUUAGUUAUCUAUGCAGAUUGUGUUUCACUUUUUGUAUUUGAUUUUUGUGUUUAAAUUAUUUAGUAAUUUGUAAUUAAUUUGAAAAGGCCCUUAUUGGAUCAAAAAUGGUCCUGUGAUUUCUUAUGUAUUUCAUAAUAUUUAUAAAUUAGAAUGAAGGGAAAUGAGUGUGUGUGAUGCGUAAUGGUUGCGUGUGAACUUUGUAUAAUUGACCCUCUGAAGAUGUGUAACUCAGGUAACUUUUUUUCUGUCCUUGAUUAAAAAAUAUAUAUCGCAUUGUUUUGUUGAAUUUAGUUAAAUAAUUUGUUUUUGUCCUAAAUUGCUUUGAAUUCAUUUGUUAGUCUUUUCCUAUUUUACCAAGUGAAAGCCCCCAGAGCCGUGACUGGUUCUCAAGUUAGCCUGAGCUAUUAGCCAACCCUUCAGUAAGCAGUCAGUGGUGGCAGCAGCAACCCGUGUAGCUGAAGAGCUCUGUGUAAGAAUGGACCUUUGGUGGAUUUUUAUUUAUUUAUUUUGGAAUUCCCUCACUUCAAUUAUUUUUUGAAGUUAACUUUGAUAUUUUCUGUUAUUCCUUGUUGUGCAUCUUACAAAAACCUGGCCCAGUAUAACAAAACUUUACUAAGAGACUUGUUUGUCCUUACUUUAUUAGGUUUGCAAAAAAAAGUGUAAAUUAUUAUUAAUGUAUUAAAUGCUGUAGUUUUACAGGACACAUCUCAGAAAUAGUAAGAACUGUGUCAAAUCUGUCAUACGGGUAAUUGAAAUAAUGCUGUAUUUUGGAGGUUAUUUCGGUUAAAUUAUGAGUUGGAUUUCUCUUAAACCUGUGUGUGAAGAUAGAAAUUAUUUUGUAAACCUUUGACACUGUUUGGUUUAAUAUUGUACAGUUUUUCAUAUAUGUUUUUACUCAAAUGUCAGGGAGGAAAAAUGAAUUGUCGGUUAUUGUUUUGUUAGUGUUAGUUUAUCAGCUUUUGCUAGUUGUCUCAAAAAACUGUAGCUUGGGUUUGCUUCACCAGCUCCCUUGGACUUUUUCGACACAGAAAAUGAAAUUUUGGUACAUUUCUGUGGAUAUACACUGCCUGGCCAAAAAAAAAAGUCGCCACCAAAAAAAAAGGUCACACACUCUAAUAUUUUGUUGGGCCACCUUUAGCUUUGAUUACGGCACGCAUUCGCUGUGGCAUUGUUUUGAUAAGCUUCUGCAAUGUCACAAGAUUUAGUUCCAUCCAGUGUUGCAUUAAUUUUUCACCAAGAUCUUGCAUUGAUGAUGGUAGUCUGACUGCUGUGCAAAGCCUUCUCCAGCACAUCCCAAAGAUUCUCAAUGGGGUUAAGGUCUGGACUCUGUGGUGGCCAAUCCAUGUGUGAAAAUGAUGUCUCAUGCUCCCUGAACCACUCUUUCACAAUUUGAGCCCGAUGAAUCCUGGCAUUGUCAUCUUGGAAUAUGCCCGUGCCAUCAGGGAAGAAAAAAAUCCAUUGAUUGAAUAACCUGGUCAUUCAGUAAAUUCAGGUUGUCAGCUGACCUCAUUCUUGGAGCACAUACUGUUGCUGAACCUAGACCUGACCAACUGUAGCAACCCCAGAUCAUAGCACAGGCUUGUACAGUAGGUACUAUGCAUGAUGGGUGCAUCACUUCAUCUGCCUCUCUUCUUACCCUGAUGCGCCCAUCACUCUGGAACAGGGUAAAUCUGGACUCAUCAGACCACAUGACCUUCUUCCAUUGCUCCAGAGUCCAAUCUUUAUGCUCCCUAGCAAACUGAAGCCUUUUUUCCGGUUUGCCUCACUGAUUAGUGGUUUUCUUAUGGCCACACUGCUGUUCAGUCCCAAUCCCUUGAGUUCCCUUCGCAUUCUGCGUGUAGAAAUGCUCUUACUUUCACUAUUAAACAUAGACCUGAGUUCUACUGUUGUUUUUCUUCGAUUUGAUUUCACCAAACAUUUAGGUGAUCGCCGAUCACGAUCAUUCAGGAUUUUUUUCCGGCCACAUUUCUUCCUUGAAGAUGAUGGGUCCCCACUAUCCUUCCAGUUUUUAAUAAUGCGUUGGACAGUUCCUAACCCAAUUUUAGUAGUUUCUGCAUUCUCCUUAGAUGUUUUCUCAGCUUGAUGCAUGCCAAUGAUUUGACCCUCCUCAAACAGACUAACAUCUUUUCCACUACCACGAGAUGUGUCUUUCGACAUGGUUGUUUAAGAAAUGAGAAGCAACUCAUUGCACCAGUUGGGGUUAAAUAACUUGUUGCCAGCUGAAAGAUAAUCGCCCAUGCAGUAAUUAUCCAAUAGGAGGCUCGUACCUAUUUGCUUAGUUAAAUCCAGGUGGCGACUUUUUUUUUUGGCCAGGCAGUAUAUAUUUUUUUUACUGUGACUUACACAAUCAACACAGUGCUUGGACUAAAAUAAUCCUGAGUACUCUCAAGUAGCAGGCAUUACCCAGAUAGCCAAGCAGAGUAGUAUGUUAGAGUAGGAGCAAGUUGCCCAAUUGUACAUAGAUUGUGUGUCCUGGUGAAGUCUAACAGCUAACUAGAGUAUUAAAAGUAACUGAAAUGUAAAUGACGUGAGAACAGAGUGCAGAGGAUCGGAUUGGGUUGGGGUUGUAAAGAAUAAUAUAUCUGAGAUCUUGAACAUCCAUGUUGCAUGUAGUUGAGUUGGACACCAAGAACUGGCAGUUUAGGCCAAGCUGUCCCCCUCUGCAGAGAGAAGGCCUACGAAAUCCUCUAAUAGGCCGUCUGGGGUUAGGGACUGACGUGGGACAAACUGCUAGGCUGCUUCACUAGCUCAGCUACCAUUAAAAACAUGCAGAGCCAAGUCUGAGCCAGCUUAUGCUUCCAAAUACCAUCCUUACUCUGAUGUGCAGAGAUGGUGGUUAUGGACAUGCUGUUAUUAUGACAACCUAAGCUGAUAAAAACAAAUGGUGUAAACUGUGGGGGUGCCUGUUUCAGUCAGCAUCUCAUUGCUAAGGCAGUGCUGGAGUGGGCUGGGAGCAGACAGAAGGAGCUCUGGUCAGCGGAGGUGGAUGGUGAUAAUGCUAGAGGCCCUUGGGCCCCCUUGCAUGAGACGUGAAUCUGAAUUGGGUCACUUGAUUAAGAAGGAAUUCUUGGAGAGCUUCAGUCAGAAUCAUCUUAGACUCUUGGAGUGUGCAGUCGGUUGUGUAACAAAAAUGUGAAAAAGUCCAAGGGUGCAGAGUAACUUCUAUAGGUGGCCUACAAGCUACAGCAGUAUACUUUUUACUAGACUUUGCAUCAGUGCAAAUCUUUUCUACAAAAUGUUUCAAUUAAAAAAAAAAACUAAAUGGAAAACACUAGUUUUGACUGCAGUACAUAAAAAGCGAUAUUUUUAUAAUCAUUCCAAGAAAGUGCCUAGAAUGUCAUGUUACAGGUUUCUUUGGAAUUGUAUUUUCAGAAAGACCCUUUGAAUUUAUAUAUUGUAUAUUGUGAAUUGUAAUAAAUGUAAAUAGAUUUA